ACAACUUGGACAAAUCCAAAUAACCUUAUCUACUAUUCUUUCCCGAAAAAUUAUAAAUACACAAAAAUUGACUCACCAAAUCAAGAAAAUCAUAGCACAAUUUUUUGGAAAAUUCAUAUCCUUUUCCACUAACCCCACAGUUAUUAUUUUUUUUUAAUCUAUGAUCUAAUUUUUAUUAUUAUAUUACACUUUCAUUGUCUCCAAAAAUUCCCCCAAUUUUUUUUUCCUCCUCAAUUUUUUUCCUUUUUUUUUUUUUUUUUUUUUUUAAAAAAAAAAAGAAUUAAUUUCAAGAAUGUCGAAUUGUGAUGGUGAUUUGGUGAAUUCCAACAAGAAUUGUUUUGCUAAGCAAAGUGGAAAGAUAAUUAUUGAUACUGAUCCUGGCAUUGAUGACAGUAUGACAAUACUAAUGGCGUUUCAGACACCAGGAGUUGAAAUCAUAGGCUUGACUACAAUCUUUGGCAACGUUACGACAAAAGAUGCUACACGGAAUGCGUUACUUUUGUGUGAAGCUGCAGGAUAUCCGGAUGUUCCCGUGGCGGAGGGUAGCCCCGAACCUCUGAAGAGAGGGGAACCGCGUGUUGCGGACUUUGUUCAUGGUUCAGAUGGAUUAGGCAACUUAUUCUUACCUUCUCCAAAUUCGAAGAAAAUCGACAAAUCUGCAUCUGAAUUCUUGGUGGAAAAAGUUUCUGAACAUCCCGGUGAAGUGUCUAUACUUGCACUGGGACCAUUGACAAACGUAGCUUUGGCUGUCAAGAGGGACUCAACCUUUGCGAGCAAAGUGAAGAGAGUGGUCGUACUCGGUGGUUCCUUCUUUGCUUUGGGAAACGUUAAUCCUGCUGCCGAAGCAAAUAUUUAUGGGGACCCCGAGGCCGCUGAUGUUGUGUUUACGUCAGGAGCAAAUAUUGAUAUCGUAGGCAUCAACAUUACAACACAAGUCAAAUUCAAAGAUGAUGAUCUUGAAGAACUAAAGCAAUCAGAAGGGAAACACGCUAAAUUAUUGUGCGAUAUGUGCAAAUUUUACCGUGAUUGGCAUGUCAAAUCAGACGGUGUCUACGGAAUUUUCCUACACGAUCCAGUUAGUUUCGUGGCAUUAGUUCGACCUGAACUUUUCACAUUCAAGAAAGGCGUCGUGAGGGUUGAGACACAGGGCAUUUGCGUAGGUCACACGUUGUUAGACCAAGGGCUAAAGAAGUGGAAUACAAGCAACCCUUGGACGGAUUAUUCCCCAGUUUCAGUCGCGUGGACAGUUGAUGUAGAUGAAGUUCUGAAUUACAUAAAGAAAACGUUGAUGAAACCGUGAAUACCAUUGGAUUUAUCGGUCUCUGCCACGCGUGAAUCCUGCACGGAGAUCGAGGAACGUCGUGUUUUUCUAACAACAUCCAUCACAACUAUUGUUUUUACUCUUGUUUUCCUCCAUUCCUUGCUACUAUAAAUAAACCUCAGUUAGUUCUGGGAAAAUAUGUAAAGGGCUUAUAAAAUGGAGGUCAUUUUCAUGAUUCUUCCUUUCA